GUCAUGCAAGAAGGAGGGCUUUGUGCCUGACCUGUUGAUGAGUGGAGCUCUCCUCGCCACUUUGCACACGAAGUGCUGAAGGAACAAGUCAUGGAAGUAACCCUGAGCUGCAGCAGACACUUUACUUACCACGCUGCUGUCGUUGGUCCCUUGCACCUGUAACACAAGAAGAACGUGAAAGCAUCAGAAGCCUGUAUUCAAGUCAGUAGCAGUCAGGACUUCAUCAUUGAGGCUUGACCGGUUAUAGAAAGAGCAACAAGCGGCCUUCCCCUGACGACGGCACCCUCACGCGGGUCGCUAUGAGUUCAAGAGGGAGUGGCGGCCGCUCUAACGGCGUGCUGCCCCAGACCAAGAUCUGCCAGUUCAAACUAGUGCUGUUGGGUGACAUGGCAGUUGGCAAGUCCAGCCUGGUGCUUCGCUUCGUCAAGGGACAGUUUGAUGAGUUUCAAGAGACCACCAUAGGAGCUGCCUUCCUGGCGCAGUCGGUGUGUUUAGAUGACACUACUGUCAAGUUUGAGAUCUGGGACACAGCAGGCCAGGAGCGUUACCACAGCCUGGCACCCAUGUACUAUCGAGGAGCUCAGGCUGCCAUUGUGGUUUUUGACAUCACUAAACCGGAAACCUUCGAGAGGGCAAAAGCCUGGGUGAAGGAGCUGCAGAGGCAGGCCAGUCCCAAUAUUGUCAUUGCUUUGGCGGGCAACAAGGCUGAUCUGGCUGAGAAGAGACUAGUAGAGUAUGAGGAAGCACAGACGUACGCUGAUGACACCGGCCUUCUCUUCAUGGAAACCUCGGCUAAGACGGCCAUGAACGUCAAUGAGCUUUUCCUUGCCAUCGCCAAAAAGAUGCCAAAAACAGACACUCAAAACCCAACACACGCAGCACGACAUCGGGGAGUCAACCUCCAGGACCCUGACGCCCACUCUGCUAGAGCAUGCUGUGGUGGGAACUAAACCACGAACACCCCCUUCAUAUGUGACCACCACAGUCAACAGCAUCCCAUCUCCCUCAGCCACCCACUUUGAACGAUGGUUCUCAUCAGCGGAAGAAGCGACAACUUGGAGGACACAAAUUGUGAAUAUUAUGCCUUGUAUCAUUUCAGCUCGACUCCUGUCAGAUAAACAUGUUCAAAGCAAAGAAAAGCAAUAGAUGAGGUAAAAUAAAAGACGAUACGUGCUUGGCAGGCUUCAUCUGUCUGGUGUUAAAACCAACUUUACACAUUUAAUGUGUGUUUUCGUAUUCAUGUCAAUACUCCAUUAACUCUACGCUACGGUACAAAGUAAAAUACAGUACAUGCUAUUGCUUUCUUACACCAUAGCAACAAUAAAGACUUAAGCUGGAGUGCAUACUAUCUUUAAAAAAAGAAAUGAUUUAAAAUGCAUCUCAGAGAGCACAGUAAAGUACUGAUUCCUAUUGUAAAGACUUGUCAGUGGAGAAAGGAAUGAAAAAUAAUCGUGUAAUUUAUUGUUUAAUAGAAUGAUUGGAGUACGUUUUGUGUGCAAGUUGUACGGUUGUUGAAAGGGAAAAAAUGUAAUAAAAACCUACACUACGAGCUCA